AUGGAAGUACCAAAGGAGUCAAUCCUUUCUGCUCCAUCGCAACCAUCUCGGACGUCGUUUUCAUCACUACCAGAGGACAUCGUUUUGAGUAUAUUGGCUCGCAUAUCGACAUCGCAUUACCCUAAACUCUCUUCUGUCUCCAAGAGCUUCCGCUCGCUCAUACCCUCGAAGGACCUCAAGCAUGCGCGAUCCCGCCAUGAAACAAGAGAAAAUCGUGUUUAUGUCUGCCUACAAUCGCACAUCCAUCCGUGUAACCACAGAUGGUUCAGUCUGUGGAUAAAACCUGAUGAUCAUCAAACCCUAACGCAUCCUUGUAACGAUAGAUGGGUCGGUUUCUGGACAGACCCUGACCAGCAUCAAACCCUAGCAUGUUGCGUGAGCGAAGACAAAACUACCAGAAAUUUGCUGGUACCAAUUCCGUCUUCUUAUUCUCCCUACUUACCAAAGCUCUAUGAAAUGGCUGGUUCAGAUAUAUAUGCAAUAGGUGGCGGACACAACCCAUCGUCCUCUACCACAGUGCGGGUCUGUAAUGAGCUGGUCGGUAAAUGGCGUGAAGCCCCUAGCAUGAUGGUUGCUCGUAAGAAUGCCUUUACAUGCUCCCUCAAUGGGAAAAUAUAUGUAAUUGGAGGAUGUGAAUCAGGUGAAUCUGAGUGUUGGGCUGAGGUUUUCGACCCAAAGACUCAAACAUGGGAACCUUUACCGGAUCCUGGCACUAGGCUCCGGUUCUCUUCCAUUAAAAAUCUCGACGCCCAACAAGAUAGAAUUUACUUGAGGACCAAUAAAAAGAACUUUGUUUACCUUAUAGAAGAAAAUAGGUGGGAGGUUGUUGAUGAAAACAUUGGGGAGAGUGAAUGUAAGGUAGAUAAUACUUGGUACUGUUAUGCUAAUGAUGGUUUACACUGGUGGCAUGAGACAAAGUAUUGUGAAGAAUGGAGAUUGGUCAAAGGUUUGACGGAGCUUGAUCUGCAUUUUAGAAGAGGACAUGGAAUGGAAAUAGUUAGUUAUGGUAGAAAACUCGUUAUCUUUUGGGUUGGUUUGACAGAAAUGUUAGAUGAUUUUCCUCUUAGCCUACCACCAUCUGAAAAUUUCUUUUCUGAAAUUUGGUGUGCUGUGGUUUUGCUUGAAACACGUCAUGAUGAUGAAAUUUGGGGUCAGAUUGAAUGGGUUGAUCUUGUGCUUAGAGUCCCUUCGUCACAUACACUCUUGCGCUGUGUGGAGCUAGUGCAAUGAUCGACAAUAUGCCUUUG